CCCUCCACUUUCAUCCUGCUGGGCAUCCCUGGCCUGGAGACAGCCUACGCCUGGAUCUCCAUCCCCUUCUGUUGCACAUACACCAUAUCCAUGCUGGGGAACUUCACCAUCCUGUUCAUUGUCAAGAGGGAGACAAGUCUCCACAAGCCCAUGUACUAUUUCCUCUGCAUGUUGGCCAUCACUGACCUGGUCUUGUCCACGUCCACCCUGCCCAAAACGCUGAGCAUCUUCUGGUUCAAUUCCAGGGAGAUCGAUUUCAGUGCCUGCCUCACCCAGAUGUUCUUCAUUCACUGUUUCUUAGCAAUCGAGUCUGGGAUCUUUGUGGCCAUGGCAUUGGAUCGCUACGUGGCCAUCUGCCAUCCCCUGAGACAUUCCACCAUCCUCACAAACUCUGUGGUGGCCAAGAUCGGCCUGGCUGUGUUACUGCGCAGUGGAAUGCUCACAUUACCCUUUAUUUACAUAGGAAGUCGGUGGCCGUAUUGCACAACCAACAUCAUCCCCCACACGCACUGCGAGUACAUCGCCGUGGUGAGGCUGGCCUGUGGUGACAUCCGCAUCAGUAGUUACUACGGCCUCUUUGCAGUUUUCUUUGUGACUGGUCUGGAUGUGUUUUUUAUAUCCGUGUCCUAUACCCAGAUCCUCAGGGCCGUCUUCAGACUUCCCACAAAGGACGCCCGGCUCAAGACUUUUGGGACCUGCGGCUCCCACCUCUUUGCCAUCUUAGCCUUUUACAUCCCCGCUCUCUUCUCCUUCCUCACACAGCGGUUUGGCCAAAACGUGUCCCUGCAUUUCCGCAUUCUCAUUGGCAACGUGUACCUCCUGGUGCCCCCCAUGCUGAACCCCAUCAUCUACGGGGUGAAGACGAGACAGAUCCGGGACAGGCUGCUCCAACUCUUUAGUCGUAAAUGGGCCUAA